AUGUGUGAUGAGAACUUAUGUAAAGCAGCUUUACCCGACAAUCGCGGUCAAAUUGAUAGGCUAUCGGUGGCGACUGCUGCUGCGGGUUCUUGUGCCACACUUGCUCAUGUACGGAAAGGUAACCUCCACGUAGCUAAUGUAGGAGACGGAGCUGCUGUUUUAGGCGUAGUAAAUCCAAGUGGCAAUGUCAUAGCACGGCAGCUCUCUAGAGCUCAUUGUAUAGAUAAUGCAGACGAGGUGCAACGGAUACGUUCGGAGCAUCCCAUGUACGAGACGCAUAUACUUCGAGGAGGAAGAUUAUUAGGAGAACUAUAUCCAUUACGAGCAUUUGGUGAUGUGCGGUUCAAAUGGCCUUUGGAUCUGCAAAAGGUCGUCCUUGAACCCAUGGGUAGUCCCGCACCUCCACAUCUACAUACACCUCCCUAUUUAUCAGUCUCACCAGAAGUUUUCUACCAUAAACUAACUCCUAAUGAUAAAUUCUUGGUAAUAGCCACUGACGGCUUAUGGGAAUGGCUCGAUCCGGAUACUGUAGUACGACUAGUGCAUGACCAUACACUCGGCACUAUGACAUUACAACCAUAUCAGCCAAAAAAUGGUAUAACACUCAAACAGGUCAUGAUGGACAUUUUGGAGCGGAGGAUCGGAGCCAAAAGCCACAAAAAGCCAAUUGAUGAAAAUUGUGCCACACAUAUUAUCAGACAUGCGCUUGGUGGAGUAAGCGGUGGAGAGAGCAAACAAUAUGAAAGGUUGAUCGAUAUUCUACAGAGAAUAUAUGUUUCUGUUUUUUAUAUCGCACGAUGCACACAGCCACGUGCAUUCUGCUUGCGCUCAUUUUAUCUCACAAAGUUCGAUAAGGUAGGCGCCAGGCUAGCUGAUCGGGGUAGGGCAACAAAGGCCGCCAGUUUGAGCCGCCUAUCGCUGCCAACUGGUCCUUUGGCAAUGUUACUGCAUGCCGUUCCAGGACCAGUAGUCCACAGAGGCGGCUCAACGGCUUUCAUUCUCCAACUGAUCGCCUGCUUCUGCAGCAGGACGCGCGUAGAUUUAAUGUGAUU